AUGGAAGCCCGGAGAGCAUUCACCUCUGCCGCUCGCAACUUCUCCUCGUCCUCCCUCCGGGAACGCCUUUCGAGCAUCACCCUCACCACCAAACCCCUGCGCCCGGUCACAAACUUCCACCCACCCAACAUCGACUUCGUGCCCUCCAAGAUACCGAGGAAGAGACGGUUACAGACACUCGCUGUCGCGGUGUGGUCUACCGUCAUCGUCUGGAGCACAUUUGUAUUCCUGAUUCUCCUGUCCUAUCCGCCGUUAUGGCCCUUCCUUGCUGCAUAUAUGCUCUGGGUGCACGUCCUCGACAAGAGUCCUGAGAAGGGAGGACGGUUGAGCGCGUGGUUCCGCUCAGGACGGUUCUGGCGGUACUUCGCUGACUACUACCCCGCCUCCAUGCUCAAGACAUGCGAUUUGCCUGCAGAUCGGCCUUACGUCUUCGGGUAUCACCCGCAUGGCAUCAUCGGCAUGGGUGCACUCUGCACAUUCGGAACAGAGAGUGCGUCCGCUGUUCCACCUUCUCAUGUCUUCCGAGGCCACAGUUCUCCUGCAGGCACCGGCUUCUCGCAGUGUUACCCAGGGAUCAUCCCGCACCUGCUCACGCUCUCGUCGAACUUCCGCGUGCCAUUCUACCGCGACUUCCUUCUCGCGAUGGGCAUCCGCUCCGUGAGCAAGCAAUCGUGCAGCAACAUCCUCAAGGGCGGCCCGGGGCAGUCCAUCACGAUAGUUGUUGGUGGCGCUGCGGAAAGCCUAAGUGCGCGCCCGGGCACGGCGGACUUGACGUUGCGGAAGCGGUUGGGAUUCAUCAAGGUUGCCAUUCAGCAUGGAGCCGACCUCGUCCCAGUAUUCUCUUUCGGCGAGAAUGAUAUAUACCACCAAAUGCCGAACGAGAAGGGGACGACAGUUUACGCGCUGCAGAAGAAAUUCCAAAAUGUGUUUGGGUUCACGCUCCCGCUUUUUCAUGGACGAGGGCUGCUUAAUUAUAACUUGGGCUUGAUGCCUUACCGACGGCGAAUUGUCGUAGUCAUCGGCAAUCCGGUUCAUGUGGAGAAGUGUGAGAAGCCGACACUGGAGGAGAUCACGCAUGUUCAGGGUUUGUACAUAGAAGAGCUCAUGAGCAUUUGGAACACAUACAAGGACGAGUUCGCGCGGACACGGAAGCGCGAGCUGAGUAUCAUAGAGUGA